GUUGAGGCCUCCAACGGGUUGCUCCUCUCCGCCUUCAGCGACCCCCGGCAGGCGGUUCGCUGCUGCCUGGCGCUGGUUGAGGCCAUGCCGGGGCUGCCCUGGCCGACAGCGUUGCUGGAGAACGAGCUGUGCGAGGAGCUGGCGGUGGCCAGGUUCGACUCCCGGGGAGCGGUUUCUCGGGAGCUGCUGUUCAGGGGACUGAGGCUCAAGGCGGGGCUGGACUUCGGCACUGUUCAUGCCACCAUUAACCACGCUACUGGACGAGUGUCGUACAGGGGCCGUGUCAUGAACCGCGCCUCUCGUAUCGCCUCCAGUGCUUCCUCCGGACAGAUUCCGCUGGAAUUUGGUGGUGCGUGCUCAACACCAAAAAGCCGCUGA